AUGGCUUCAACAUUUUCAGUUGAGAAGGCUAGGGCCCAGUUCCCAGCUUUGGCAAAAAACCAGAUCUUUGGCGACAACGCUGGUGGAAGUCAAGUGCUUGGCACAGUCGCAAAGAGCAUCUCGGAAUACCUCGUGAACAACAACGUGCAACUGGGGGCAAGCUACAAAACCUCCAAGAUCUCAACAGAGACUUUCGACAAGGCGUAUAAAGUUGCCGCCGAUUACGUUAAUGCCGAUGUCGGUGAAAUUGUAAUUGCACCAUCAACAACUCAAGCUUUCCGUAACCUUGCAGCAGCUCUCAAGCUGAAGGCUGGUGAUGAAGUUAUUCUUUCGGAAGUUGACCAUGAGUCCAACAUUGACCCUUGGCUCCACUAUGCAACUCUCGCGGGCGCAACGGUGAAGUGGUGGGCACCUUCUGAUCACUCAAACCCCAAACUCGAUGUGGCGACGCUUCGGAAUCUCUUGACACCGAAGACUCGUUUUGUAGCUUGUACACACGCCAGUAACAUCCUGGGAAGCAUUCAUGAUAUCAAGGCAUUUGCAGAUGUUGUGCACGAAGUCCCGGGGGCCCUACUCUGUGUCGACGGUGUUGCUUAUGCGCCGCACCGUGCGAUUGAUGUAAAAGAGAUUGGGGCUGAUUUCUAUGCCUUUUCUUGGUACAAGGUGUACGGUCCGCACAUAUCUUUGCUGUACGGAUCCUUCAAGGCCCAGGAACAGCUACAGUCACUCGGACACUACUUCAAUCCGUCUGGAACUUUGAUGGACAAGCUUGAGCUAGCUGCGGCUAGCUACGAGCUCACACAAGCGGUCAUACCGCUGGUGGCAUAUUUCGGAGAUAACCCGAAGCAGACCUGGGCUGAGAUUGCUCAGCACGAAGAAGUCUUACAAAAGCAUCUUCUCGAGUUUCUGAAGUCACGGCCUGAUGUCUCCAUUCGAGGCGACGUUUCCCCUGCAGCUUCAACCCGGGUUCCCACGGUGAGUUUUACCGUAAAGGGGAAAUCAUCUCAAAGCGUCGUAGAGGGAGUUGAGGCCCAAUCCAUCGCUGGGAUUCGGUGGGGUCAUUUCUUCUCAAAGCGGCUGGCCGAGAAAAUCCUCGGUCUCGGCGAAGAUGGCGUUGUCCGAGUAAGCUUGGUGCACUACAACACCGUCUGGCUUUCAACUGAUUUGCGUGAUGGCAACCAAUCUCUCAUCAACCCCUUGACCAUUGAGCAAAAGUGGGAAUAUUUCCAGAUGCUCGUCGAAAUUGGCUACACCGAAAUCGAAGUCUGCUUUCCGGCCGCAUCCCAAGUCGAGUUCGAUUUUACGAGACGUCUGAUUGAGACGCCCAACAUUGUUCCUGACACUGUACGUCUGCGGGGUCUUUCUCCCACGCGAGAAGACUUCUUGGCUCGCACCGUCGCCGCUCUUCGUGGUGCCAAAAGAGCGUCCGUUUGCACUUAUAUCUGCGUCAGUGACAAGCAGCUCAAGUAUCAGGGCUUCACACGAGAGAGGGCACUUGAGCAGGCUGUUAGAUCUGUUCGGUACCUGCGGUCUAUUACCAAAGACGACCCGGAAUCGGCGGCUGUAACGGACUGGACCAUGGCGUUUGGCCUCGAGUCCUACAACGAAGCCGACCAUGACUACGCUGUGCAGAUCACUGAGGCUGUCAGAGAGGCCUGGGAGCCCACCGUGGAGGACCCUUUGGUGGUGGUUUUGGCGACUAGCACCGAGGUUGCUACUCCCAACGUGUUUGCAGACCAAGUCGAGACCUUCCGAGCGUCUCUGUCUGACCCCGAAAAGAUAUCUAUCUCAAUUCACACCCACAACGACCGUGGAUGUGGUGUUGCUGCAGCUGAGUUGGGCAUGCUUGCAGGUGCUGACAUGGUCGAGGGAUGUCUGUUCGGCAACGGAGAGCGCGCUGGCAAUGUUGAUCUCGUCACACUGGCCCUUAACUUGUACUCGCGCGGCAUCCACCCCGGUCUCGACUUUUCAAAGCUGUACGACAUCAAGAGAAAGUAUGAGAAGCUCACUGGUUUAAUCGUGUCUCAACGUAUGCCUUAUACUGGCGAGUUUGCGCUUCAGGCAUUCAGUGGCAGCCAUCAGAAUAUCAUUCGAAAGGGCAUUGCGCAACGAGUCGAGGCGGCCGAGAAGGGAAUUAGGCCGAUUUGGGACAUUCCAUACCUCCCUCUCGAUCCUGAAGACUUGGGCAUUCCUUUGGACACAAUCAUUCGGGUAAACUCACAAAGUGGCAAGGCUGCUGCAACUUGGAUCCUCAACAGACGUUGGGGCCUUGACAUACCCGUCGAGCUUCAGAUCAACUUUGGAGGCCGAGUCCAGAUGAUGUGCGAGGCCCUUGCACGAGAGAUCUCACACCAGGAGGUUAUCAACCUCUUCAUUGCCAGCUACUCACUUACGCCAAGCGAGAAGCACGAUAGUGCCUCCAACAUCGGCAACAUCUCCGUCACUAGCGAUGGCACACUGCAAACUGUUGUCGGAAUGAUCAAUCCUGCCGACAGCUUCGCCAUUCGUAUCGAUGGAACUGGGCCCGACAUUGCCUCCGCCGUUGUCAGGGGCUUGCACUUCAUGAAGGACGUUAAUGCCGCGGCCAAAAUUCAUCAUACCCAGCGGCUGUCUGGGCGGUUCGAUGGGAAGUACUGCGUGCUGGCUACCUGCGUGGAGGGGGACAAGACCACAUGGGGCUACUUUAUCGAUGAAAACGAGGGGAUUGCCCAGGCAAUGGCGUUUGUUUCGGCGUCAUUGCACAUGUACCGUCGCAAACUGUCGACCUUGCCGCUCAAGAAGCAAAACACCAUGGCCAAAAUGGCGGCCUCAAGUGCAACCCAGACAGCGGCAACAGCUUAG